AUGGAUCAUUCCAAUCAACUCACAUCACCACGAACACCGGUCCAUAUUACAGAUGAAGAGCAUACGUUAAUUCUAAUGCUGCGAACAAUGCCUUUAGACGAAAUAAUAUAUGUAAUGAUGCUAAACAACUUUUUACCAAUAGAAUUACCGAGAAAAUAUGACCAUAUUGCUAAUAUCAUUAAUUUACAUUUUAAAAAGUCAUAUGAAGUUCAUAAAAAAUUCAUCACAGUAGAAUCAAUAAAAAACGAUCAAUUUAUUUAUUUAAAUGGAAAUCAAGUAUUCGAUCAAAAUUUGCUGAUUGAUUUUGAGCAACAACUAAUACAAAAUAAUGUAUCAUUUGAAGGAUACACAAGUGCAUAUAACUCGAAAAUUCAAUUGAUCGAAAAAAGACAAAACCAAAAAUCGACAACUGCUACAGAUAGCAUAACAUUGUUGGAUGAAAGAUACUUUCAAAUGACUUGGCUUUUAAUAAAUGUAGUUAAAUUUCUUUUUAUGACAACGAAUCAAAAAGUUUCUAAUAUACCGAUGUCAGUACGUGAUGUUGAUGAGUGCAAUGAUUAUUUUUCAAAGAUUCAACUCGAAUUGUACAAAAAUUUUGUUGGGUUUUGGACACAACAUCAACGAUUUACUAAAAGAUGUAAUCCAACUACAUGCUCAAAAGUCUUCAUUGUCGAUGGACAUCAAAAAGCUAAUAGACUUGUAUGUCAAUACAAAGAUGUUUUUGACAAUUCCAUAUAUGAACUAGGGCCCGUUCAGAUGGGAUGUUUACAUUCUCCAUUGAGAAAAGCGCGUAAUGUCGAUCAUAGAUACUGCCAAUUACAUCAGCCAAAAAUUGUAACAUCUGUGAACGAUGAAUCAAUACCAAUUCAUCAGAUAGUUCUCGAAAAUAAAGAAACAACUUUAGAUAAAUUAGCACUAAUGGAAUAUGUAGAUAAGGAUGGUCACUAUGAUGAUGCUUUAUGCAAUGUCUUUAGAUCUGGAAUAAACAGUAAACUAAAAAUUAGUUCAUACGGAUUUUUAGCGACAUUUUUGAGCUGUUCAGUUAUAGUUGGAUUUACAGAACAACCAUGCUCAGAAGGAAUGCGACGAGUGCUUCAUCAUAUAUUAACUAUAUUGCGAUUCGGCCAAUUACCUAAUGCAAUGUGUUAUGAUUGUGCGUGCACAUUGAAAUUAUUUAUCAAUCGGCAUUUCGGUUCAAAUGAGUUAAAGUCAACAGAUUCGACACAAUUUCUUACAUCACUGGCAAUGGCUAUUGACCGAUUCCAUGUAAAAAAUCACAAGAGGCCUAUGUGUAAAACAGUGAUGCGACCUGAUCAUCCAUGUCAUAACGAUAUUUAUGCAUCUAUUAAUACACAAGUUGCUGAACAGGGUUUUUCUUAUCUAUCAAAAUUUAAAAAUUCAUUUAGAGGAUACAGCUAUCCAAAAUCGACGAUAUUUUUUACAGUUCUAUUUCAUUUUAAAAAUUGUACAACCACUGGUAUUAGCUCGUUUGAACAAGCUGUAUAA